ACCGCAUUGUGCUGGUUGCAUCCAGGAAAAAUUGGAGUCAGUUUCUGGGUGUGACAGUGGGCAGACGAUACACCAAAAAGGUUCCACCUAUCUAGCCAGCCGCAUAUGUCCACAACCCCUCCAUCAUUUUCCUAACGGGGGAGUUUCCCGGGCGAAAAUUUCCCGUUUGUAUAAACCCUAAUUUCUUCAACGAAUUUGAGCUAAAAUCUUCGUCUCAAAAUUACAGAUUGAAAUCAGGGUUCACAUCACCUUAGAAGGUCAUUAAUCAUUCAAUUUUGAAGCAAAAAUGUUAUGAAUAUGUCUUGCUGCUUUCGAGUUGCCGACUUCAUCAGGAGGAGUUGCCGUCGCUCUGGAAUACCUCAGUUGAUGAUUGGAUGCAACAUCCCUGAUAAGCAACAACGUGGAUUGAUUCCUUGUUCAUCGUCUUUAAAGGGUUAUUGUAAUUUAUCUGAUGGGUUAGAGUCAGAAUCACCGGGAAUUACUUCAAGAGUAGUGAAUUUGGCUAAUCGUGUUGAACAAAGUGUUAAGCUUAAUAAUACUUGGAAGGGUAGAGUGAUGCUUAUUGAUGGGACUUAUAUGAUUUAUAGAGCGUAUUACAAAAUCCUAGCGAGGUUGGAUAGGGACCAUUACUGGAAUGCUGAUGGCAAUGGAGAUUGGGUCUAUACAAUAUCUCGGGCUUUGUCUCUCAUUCUUGAUGUGCUUGAGUUGGGCCCUUCGCAUGUUGCGGUGGUGUUUGAUCAUGAUGGAGUUCCUCUUGGCCGUGCUUCUGCUUCGUUUAGAGAAAAUUAUAAUGGAAAAGGUACCAAUUUUCGUCACAUUUUAUAUCCAUCAUACAAAGGCCACCGUAAUGCUACACCAGAUACAGUAAUCCAGGGACUUCAAUACUUUAAACUGUCACUCAGAGCUAUGUCAAUUCCAGUAAUUCAGGUACCAGGUGUUGAAGCUGAUGAUGUAAUAGGAACUUUGGCUGUUAAUAGUGUUGCGGAUGGAUUCAAGGUACGUGUUGUCUCCCCUGACAGAGAUUUCUUUCAGCUUAUUUCACCUGCAGUACGGCUUCUACGAAUUGCUUCGCGUGGAUCAGAGAUGGUCUCUUUUGGAGUCGAGGAAUUUGCAGAAAGAUAUGGGGACCUGAAGCCAUCUCAGUUUAUUGAUAUGGUAUCUCUACUGGGUGACAAAACUGAUAAUAUUCCAGAAGUUAACGGUAUUGAAGAUGCAGAUGCUCUGAAGUUAAUUAUUAAAUUUGGGUUACAUAUAUUCUCAGGUACUUUAGAGAACUUGCUUAAAUGUGUUGAUCAAGUAGAGGAGGAAUGCAUUAAAAAGGCAUUGGUCUCAAAUGCUGAUCAGGCUAUAUUAAACAAGAAUCUGCUGAUGCUGCGAUCCGAUCUUCCAUUCCAUAAGGUUCCAUUCAGGACAAGUGAUCUCCUGUUCAGGAAACCCAAGGAUGAUGGUGAGAAAUUCAGGAAUCUCUUGACAGCUAUAAGUGCAUAUGCGGAAGGACAUUCUGCUGAGCACCUGAUUAGAAAAGCAGACAAUCUAUGGAAACAGCACACCACAGCUUCAUAUAAACAAUAGAAUACAGUUCCUUCAUUUAACGCCAUCGAUAACAUCAUCCAUUCACACUUAUCUUCCUCCGCAAAGCCAGAUACUUGCUGUGGCCAUAAGCAGUUGCUGGAAAGCUAGUUCAAGCUGGCGUAUCAUCUGUGACAUCCGGAGUAUGAACUCCACUUUGUAGAUUAUUAGGGCAUACCUACAUCUGAUAGUUCAAAGCUUACUCUAGAGAAACCAGAAUGAAUGUAAUCUUUACAUGGGAUUCCCAUGAAAUAUUGUAACCCAUUACAAAUUUUUAUAAAUUGUACAAUUACUUGUGUGGUUACCUCAGCAUCACACCCCCAAUUUUGUUCUUUAAUGAA